AUGGGAUCGGCUAGCUUUGUACGAGACGAUGUCCUUUACACGAUAGGAGGGUUAUCACAACAAGAGAACAUGACCAAACCAACAUACAACUUUAUUGGCUUUCAUCUCAACCAGCAAAACGGCACAGUCUGGCCUGAUCGAUAUCUUCCAAGUGUGGGUAUGCCGGGGGUAGCCUAUGCACAAGCAGUCCUACUUCCGGAUAAUGAUCGCGUACUUUUGUUUGGCGGCUACAAUGAUGAUCUACUGGAUAAGAAUCGUACGCUUCUUGUCUAUGAGUUUCGAUUUGGCACACGUGCAUGGCGAGCACUCAAAGUUACCGCUGCCUAUAAUGCAACCAAAAAUGGCACCGUACCUAAGAACCGAUACAAGCACACAGCAACUCUUGCGACUAACGGGAAAAUAUACAUCUACGGUGGCCAAAUACCAGGUACUACUACAAGAUUCUUUGUUGACUUUUGGGAAUACGAUCCUGUCACGGGUCGUUUUACCGAAGUUCCAAUCAAUCAUGAGCCCAUGAGUACAAUCCAAAUCACAGCCGUUGCACUUCCGGAUGGGAAGAUCAUAUAUAUGACUGUGCCGUAUCUUGAAGAUGAAAUAGUACACCAAGUAUGGAAAGAUGCAUGGAUCUUUGACACCAAACGUCGAAUUGGAUACCAGCAAGCGCUCUUCAAUCAAACAAUAGACUCGUUACCUCAUGCGAGAUACGGCUGUAAUGCCAUGCUGGCCCCUGACAAUACUACGAUAUACUAUUUUGGUGGCAGGCAGAAAUUUCUCGAUGAUAGCUUUAGUGACACCCAGACUAGGCUUUACGCAUACAAUGAAUUCAACAUCCUCGAUACCAAAACUUGGACAUGGCUAUCUCCGAAAACGGUACGUGGUGAAAUUGCCCAUCCAAGGUAUGAUGCAUCGGCUGGUCUACUCUAUGGAAAAUAUUGGGUGAUUCUUGGAGGCAUUUCUGAAUUUACGUGGACAAAUGAUAUGAAUGUGCUCGAGAUCCCAAAAGUCGACUCAUCAACCAACUCAACGGAUGCAUCUGGCGUCUUUACUUGGCUCUAUAAUAUCACCGAUCCAGCCCUUGGUCUAAGCACGGAUGAUGAUGAUGAUGAUUCAAGAGAGCUUGGAGGAGGUGCCAUUGCUGGUAUUGUGAUGGGGUCCUUAGCAGCUGCUGUGCUGGUUGUAACGCUUGCUUGCAUGUUACGCCAAAAGAAGGGUGGAACAUCAACGAUGAUAGUGGCAAUAUGGGAUGGAGUAGUAUCCAUGAUAUGGGAUAGGCGUGUUGGUGAUCCAUUGUGGGCGACUAUUAUGCAUGCGGCAUCAAAGUUGCUUGUUACCGGAUUGUUCAUUGCGUAUUGUGCAUACAGCAUCAUCCGGAUAACCCAAAGCCCUGAGACAACCAUGGUCAUGGUGAAACCCGUAGCAAGUGUAAGAGUACCAGAUAUACGUUUUUGCUUUGACAACUACCGCCAUAACGACGCUCUAAACAUCCAAUCAGACACCGUUUCAAGACCCUAUGCAUUAGAGAAAUGGUGGAAAGAUUAUAUAUUCCCGCUCAAUGAUCGCUAUCAUUCUCCCUUUUACGCUAAUAGCAUCUAUGGCGACAUUCGAUGCUGGUUGUUCGCAGCUCCUCCAGAAUUUCGAUUAGAGUAUCGGGCAGAUGGCCAACCAAGCAAUGGGACUCGGCUUCGAUUUCUACUUGGAGGUGGCAUGUUUCCUUCUGGAUUCAACACGAACCAUAGCCGUAUUCAUAUAUCGGUGUAUCAUCCUGAUCGUGAUCCCAACAAAGUUGUCUACAAUAUCAGUGAACAGCCAAAUUUGACAAACACUGAUAUUCAAGAAUGGCUACGGCGUGAAAUGAAUGACCAAGAAACAGCGAAUACAUACACAGCUGAAAUCAACACCUACUCAUCCAUUGGCUAUCAGCUAAAGAAUCAUCGCUACCUUUUGAACGUACCAUGGAACACUGUCGGCUUUGCUCAAUCACGCAACAAUACACCUAAAAUCGAAACAAGUUUUCGCACAAGUAUCCAAGAUGAUGCCAUGAUGGUGAGGAAUACUUUGGAUGUUUAUCCUACAAGCUUUAUGGAAAUCGAGGAAGUAGACCAACGCAUUGAUACGCUCAUGUCAACUUUUGGCUUAAUUGGUGGUAUGCUGUCGCUGUUUACGUUCAUACUUGCACGCAUGUACGGUGCACGUCCACCAUCGAUGCAUGGCUGGAUCAUGAAAUUGCCCUUCAGCAAGCCUACUCGAUCCAUUGAACGACAUCUAUUGCAAAGCUUUGGCUCUCUAGGCCAACCAAUUCCAUUUGUGCAUCCAAUUGACCAGCAUCUAUUAAGUGCUCAACAGCUCGAGCACCAUCAUUUAAUGGAAACACCGCAUGAUGAUGAUGAUGCAAAGAGACACGAUGAUGGAGAGAUUGAUUUACAAGUCAAAAUACAGCAUAUGGAACAAGUGCACCAGCAAGAAAUCUAUGACCUUAAACGGAGGUUACAAUUGAUGGAACUUGUUUUCAAGGCAUAUUACUUGGACGACGAAAUAUUUACAAGGUUGCAUGAUGCUCAUUGUGCCGAGGAAGAAGAAAUUGGUAGUAGUAAUAGCACAUUGGCGGAUCCCAGCAGUGAUGGUGGUGGAUGGUUGACUAGAUUAUUCCUCCGGUGUCGUCGUUAUAGCUCUCAACAUAUAGAUGAAGAACAACAUGUCAUAGAAAAAACUUCAGAUGAUGUAUAG